CUACGACUUUCUACGACGACGAGUACAGAGAAUUCCGGAUUAAUUGAAAAACUGGUUCCCGUGUUUGAAGCGAAACAUGACGUCAGCGUUCACACUAUUGUGGGCGGUACAGGACGUGCUCUUAAUCACGCCAGAAAUGGCGAUGUGGACAUCAUUCUGGUACAUGCAAAAAAUUCGGAACUGGAAUUGGUUGAGAGCAGGUUCGGUGUGAAUCGCCAGGAAAUUAUGUAUAACGAAUUUAUUAUCGUAGGCCCUGAAAGCGAUCCGGCCAGAAUCAAUGGAAUGAAAAAUAUGCAGGAAGCCUUAGCGAAUAUUGCAAACACUCGCUCGGCAUUCGUGUCCAGAGGAGACGAUUCGGGAACACAUAAGAAAGAGCUGAGAUUGUGGAACCAGGCUGGUAUAAAACCGGAAGGUGACUGGUAUAAAGAAGUGGGUCUCGGAAUGGGGAAAGCGUUGCAAAUUGCUGAUGAACUCAAUGCUUAUGUUCUUGCGGACAAAGGUACUUGGCUAUUCAUGCGUGAUCGAUUGUCACUUCCGAUUCAUGUAGAAGGAGCACUGGAUGGGAGGAAUGUGUAUGGUGCCAUUGCCGUCAAUCCUGAAGUUCACCCUCACGUUAAUUAUGAAGAUGCAAUGAACCUGAUUAACUGGCUGAAGUCCGAUGAAGCCAAAAAUAUCAUUUCAACUUACAGGGUAAAUGGCGAGCAGCUGUUCUAUGUCAUUGAAUGA